AUGGCCGGUGUCCUAGAUGCUUUGGCGUCCUACAUCCAAAACAUGCUGAUGCAGAUGGCGGCAGAUGAGGUGCAUAUGUUGCUUGGAGUGUCCGGUGAGAUUGAUAACAUGGACAUCAAGCUUCGGGAUCUGAAGAACAUCCUUGCUGAUGCUGAUAGGAGGAACAUCACAGACCGAAGUGUCCAAGCAUGGGGGAUAGAGCUAAGGAAUGCUAUGUAUGAUGCCACCGACAUCCUCGACCUGUGCCAGCUCAAGGCCAUGAAGCGAGGCCAAAGGCAUGAUGCCGGAUGCUUCAACCCGUUGCUCUUCUGCCUACGGAAUCCCCUACAUGCCCACGACAUUGGAAGCCGCAUCAAGAACCUUAACAAGAAGCUAGAUGACAUCAAGGCACGUGGUGCAUCAUUCAACUUCAUGAACCUUGGUACUUAUGAGGACCGUGGAACAAACGUGGUAUCAUAUCCUUCUGGUACCCGUGAGACGUUAGGGUGGCUUGACGAAUCUGGUUUGUUUGGUGAGAAGAUCGAAGAGGACACAACAAAUCUUGUAGAGAUGCUAACAAAGAAGUAUCCAACUGACGACGACAAAUCCAAUAAAAUAAUCAUUUUCGCCAUUGUGGGAAUUGGUGGGAUUGGUAAAACCACCCUUGCUCAAAAGAUCUUCAACAGUGAAGUCAUAAAACAUGAGUUCACGAAGAAAAUAUGGUUGUGUGUCAGCCAAGACUUCAAUGAUACUGAAAUGCUAAGGAGAGUCAUUAUCGAAGCUGGUGGAAACCACCAUGCUUGUGGAAUUUCAAAGGUGGCACUGGAACAGACUCUAAUAGAAGCUUUGAAGGGACACAAAACCUUAUUAGUAAUGGAUGAUGUCUGGGACUACAAUAUAUGGGAAGGUGUGCUUAGAACUCCCUUUGUCAAUGCCAUGCUAGCUCAAGGUAGCCGUGUGCUGGUCACCACAAGGCAUGACAUAGUGGCACGUCAGAUGAAGGCUGAGGAGCCCUACCAUCGUAUUGACAAACUUGGGCUUGAAGAUGCAUGGUUGCUGCUCAAGAAGCAGGUUGUUACAUAUGUAAAUGAUGAGCCCCAGGUUGAAAUACUAAAGGAUAUUGGAAUGAGACUUGUUGAAAAAUGUGAUGGUUUACCUCUUGGGGUCAAAGUAAUGGGAGGUCUCCUACGUCAGAAAAGGAUAAGACGAACCGACUGGCAAAAUGUCUUAGAUGAUUCUCUAUGGUCAGUAUCACAAAUGCCUAAAGAGCUAAAUUAUGCAGUAUAUCUUAGCUAUGAAGAUCUGCAGCCUUGUUUGAAGCCUUGCUUUUUGCACUGUUCCCUCAUUCCGAGGGGCACAUUGUUUUCUGUUCAUGACAUUGUUGGCAUGUGGAUUAGUGAAGGAUUUGUUCAUGGAACUUUACGUGACCUAGAAGAAAUAGGAAGGGAAUACUAUGAUCAGUUAAUACAGCGGAACCUUAUUGAGCCAGAUAAGACAUAUCUUGAUCAAGCAGUUUGCAACAUGCAUGAUAUUGUCCGGUCAUUUGCUCAUAACAUGUUGGGAGAUGAAGCACUCAUAGCUCACAACAGUAAAAUUGGUAUUGACAAACUUAAAUCGCAAAAGUUUUUUAGAUUAUCUCUCCAAAGCAAAGGAUCAGAACAACAUGAUUUGGAGUGGUGUUCUCUCCAAACACAGACAUCACUGAGAACACUAUUUUUAUUUGGUAAUAUAAAGAUUAAGCCAGGUGAUUCAUUUGUUUCUCUUUCAAGUCUUCGAACACUACAUUUGGACAGUGUAAAUAUUGAUGCAAUAGCCGAAUCUUUGUAUCAGCUGAAACAUUUGAGGUAUUUGUCAAUACAAAACUGUAAUACAUCCAAGUUACCAGAAGACAUAGGCAAGUUGAAAUUCUUGCAGUACAUUAGCCUUUCUGGAUGUCAGAGUUUGGCUAAUCUUCCUAGUAGCAUUGGAUUCCUACAAGACUUGAGGUUUCUCAGACUUGACCGGAAAAAUGUAAGUGUUACACCAAGGGAAUUUAGUGGCCUAACUUCUUUGAGGAAAUUAUAUGGAUUUCCAGCCCACAUGGACUGUGAUCACUGUAGUUUGGAGGAGCUAGGGCCUCUCUCCCAGCUAACUAAUCUUCAUAUCAGUUUCUUGGAGAAUGUAGCUUCUUCCUCAUCUGCUAUACAGGCCAAACUUGGUGGAAAGAAGCGCCUAAGGUAUCUCUCACUGGGUUGCACUAGUAGACUUGGAGAUGAUGGCCUGUUGGUAAAAGAGGAAGAAGGGAUCUCUGAGAAAGCCAAGAGACAAAUCAAGGAGGUUUUUGAUGAGCUCUGCCCUCCGCCUGGCUUAGAAAACCUUGAAAUUGAAGGGUAUUUUGGUGAGCGGCUCCCAGGUUGGAUGAUGCCAGCAGCAGCAGUUAUGCCGCUUAGGAGCAUGAGGAUUCUAAUGAUGCACGACUUGGCCUGCUGCACAGAGCUUCCUAGUGGCUUGAGUCAGCUCCCCUGCCUGGAGCUUCUGCAGAUUGUUCGUGCCCCAGCAAUCAAGCGUGUUGGUCUUGAAUUCCUACAACCAAGCAAUCAUGUAGGGGUUGCGUUUCCCAGAUUACAUGAUUUGACUUUUGGUAGAUUUGUCGAAUGGGAGGAAUGGGAGUGGGAGGAACAAGUCAAAGCGAUGCCUAUCUUGGAGAGGCUUAGACUCAGUUUGUGCAAAUUGAGCCACAUGCCUCCUGGCCUUGCCUUCCACGCAAAGGCUUUGAAGAAAUUAUACAUAUAUGAUGUCAAGAACCUAAGGUAUUUGGAGAACUUCACUUCUGUCGUCCACCUCGACGUGUUUAGGAAUACUGACCUGGAGAGGAUCAGUAACCUACCGAAACUGCAGAAGCUCGUCAUCGUCAUGUGUCCAGAGAUGAAGGUAUUGGAGGGCAUGCCUUCACUACAUAGACUCGAUCUGGAGGAUUAUGCCAUGGAAACAGUUCCUAAGUAUCUGCAGGAUGUUAACCCAAGGCAUUUGCUGCUAGAUUGUUCCUUAUCGCUGCUCACUGCCAUAGCAGCAGGGAAAUCUGGUCCUGAGUGGCACAAGUUCAGCCACAUCCAGCUAGUCAAGGCCUAUGCAAAUGAUAAAGGCAGUCCAAGGAAGUGGUAUGUGCUCUACACAAGGGAUCCUUUCCGCUUUGAGACAAAUAUCAGUCGCUCUGCAAUUGCUCAAGCGCGCAGCCGCCGGACGUGGUUUCUUUACAAUAAAAUAUGUCCGAUUGAAGAAGAGUGGCUGGUAGAACGACGCACAAGUGCGGACAAACGUUUGCCCCUCUGCCUACGCUUCCGGUGGCACGCCUAUGAUCACUUGAUUUUCUGGUUGCGUCGAGCGUGCCUGCACUGCAGUGAAGCCGCAAGGGUAGCUGCACCUUCGAACCAAUGGACUGAAGAAGGCUGGCAAGCGGUAUUCGAGGAGAUGAGCAUUGAGUAUCAGAAGCGUGUCCCGCCUCGUAACCUGCAGGCAUCCGCACCAAAGGCUGGUGCGUCGAAGGCCAAGGCUAUGAAGACUAUCACAGCGAAAGCUGAGGCCUUGAAGUGGAAGGUUUUGCCACAACCUACUGAUGUUUGA